AUGCCACGCCCAGCAUUUAACACCGCUGCCUGUCGCGGCGACGACGCCGAAUCUCGGGAAGCAGUCCAGAUUCCGGCUGCACCUUGGCCGGCAAUAAAGGAGAUGAAGGCGGCGCUGACGUUCUCAGGGUGGGACACGUGGGUGCAGGGCGCCGUGUGCAGCACCAUGACCGGCAUCACCUGUGAUAUUAGCGGCUAUGUCACCCGCAUCAAAGUGCCGGACUUUUCAGGCUCACUGCCAGCGGCCAUCGGAGACCUCAUACAUCUCAACUACCUGUCAGUGCAUGCGCCUGGGAUGUGCCUGGGCCUUAUGACCCCUUCGCACACCGUCCCUAAAUCCAUUGCACACAGGAACGUCUAG